AUGGCCGAGCACGACCCGCCGACGGACUUUCAGUUUACGAGCGACUCGCUUGACCCGUACGCCACGUACGAAGACUAUUUGGACUCGCAGAUCAGCGAGACGGACCUCUUCUACCUCGAAGACGAAGAGCUCGCGCGGCAGCUCAUCGAGCUCGGCGCGGAAAAAGACGGAGCGAGAGCGCAACGCCCAAAAGCCAACUUGCCCAAGCAGCUGGCCAGUGCCGGCAAAGACUUCUCCCAGCUGCCAUUCCUCUCGGCGCUCGCGAGCCGCGAAGAGAUGGUUCGCAACGGCAAGCUCACGUCGAUCAUCUUUAUCCGAGACCGCAAUCCGAAGGGCCAAGAGGUGAGCGGCUACAUCGACUAUGCGCUGCGUCUCAAGUCAGAGCCGUUCGAGCCAUACUUUGAGCGGAAGAAGCGGCUUUUGCCAAAGCCCUCUGACUUGAGCUACUACAACUGGGAGACGCAGACUUGCACGUCCAACUCGAGCCCCAAUUUCCAAGUCAUUGCAGAUAGCGAGACGGGUUUGCUCUUUAAGAACAAGCGCGACCGCAAGGUCAUCAACGUGGAUCCAAAAGCCAAUCCGGGCGACAAUUCGACUCGAACCGAGAUCAAGACCGCCGAGUACAUGCAAGUCGUCAUUUACGACCACAUGACGCGUCGCAAGAACUAA